AUGGCUGUGGACUGGAUGGGAAAGAACCUGUACUGGGCGGACACUGGAACCAACCGCAUUGAAGUGGCCCGCCUGGAUGGCCAGUUCAGGCAGGUGCUUGUGUGGAAGGACUUGGACAACCCAAGGUCUUUAGCUCUCGAUCCUACCAAAGGGUACAUGUACUGGACAGAGUGGGGCGGCAAGCCCCGGAUCGUGCGGGCUUACAUGGACGGAACCAACAGCAUCACGCUGGUGGACAAAGUGGGUCGCGCCAAUGGCCUCACCAUUGAUUACACAGACCAGAGGCUGUACUGGACUGACCUGGACACGAGUAUGAUCGAGUCGUCGAAUAUGCUAGGGCAAGAAAGAGAAAUCAUAGCAGACGAUCUACCUCAUCCAUUUGGAUUAACUCAGUACAGCGACUACAUCUACUGGACAGACUGGAACCUUCACAGCAUAGAAAGAGCAGACAAGACCAAUGGGAAGAACAGGACGCUUAUCCAGGGCCAUGUGGAUUUUGUCAUGGAUAUACUGGUCUUCCAUUCCUCCCGCCAGGAUGGCUUGAACGACUGUGUGCAAAACAACGGCCACUGCGGCCACCUGUGCCUCGCCGUACCCAACGGGUUUCCAUUUCCCGCAGGAUCUCUCGGUGCCCAUGGCUCCUGGCUGCUCGCAUUGCCACGGUGCUGGCUGAGGCGCCUCAGAUGGGUGCGAGAAGCUUCCUGGGGCUUGCCCCCAGGCAGCUUCCUCCUGUUUAGCCAGAAGUCUGCAAUCAGUCGGAUGAUACCAGAUGACCAGCAGAGUCCAGAUAUCAUUCUGCCUAUGCACGGCCUAAGGAAUGUCAAGGCCAUAGAUUAUGAUCCCUUAGAUAAAUUGAUUUAUUGGGUGGAUGGACGUCAGAAUAUUAUAAAAAGAGCCAAAGAUGAUGGCACACAGCCUUUCACUGUCAUGAGCACUCCAAACCAAAGCCAGAAUCCCGAGAAGCAGCCGCACGACCUCAGCAUUGAUAUAUACAGCCACACGCUGUACUGGACCUGCGAGGCCACCAACUCGGUGAACGUGCACAGGCUGAACGGCGAGGCCAUCGGAAUGGUCCUGAGAGGGGACCACGACAAGCCCAGAGCCAUCGUAGUGAACGCGGAGCGAGGGUACAUGUACUUCACCAACAUGCAAGAGCGCGCUCCCAAGAUCGAGCGGGCUGCCCUUGACGGCACUGAGAGGGAAGUGCUCUUUACGACCGGGCUGAUCCGGCCCGUAGCGCUGGUGAUCGACAACAAGCUUGGGAAGCUUUUCUGGGUGGAUGCAGAUCUGAAGCGCAUCGAAAGCUGUGACUUGUCAGGUGCCAACCGAGUGACCUUGGAAGACUCCAACAUCCUUCAGCCGAUGGGACUGACUGUGCUGGGUAACCACUUGUACUGGAUUGAUCGUCAGCAGCAGAUGAUCGAGAGGGUGGAGAAAACCAACGGCUACAAGAGGACUAGAAUUCAAGGCAGAAUUGCUCACCUAACCGGCAUCCACGCGGUGGAAGAGCUCGACAUGGAGGAAUUCUCUGCACAUCCAUGUUCUCGUGACAAUGGCGGCUGCUCGCACAUCUGCAUCGCCAAGGGGGACGGCACGCCCAGAUGUUCAUGCCCAGAGCACCUGGUGCUUCUACAGAACCUGCUGACGUGUGGAGAGCCCCCAACUUGCUCCCCUGACCAAUUCACCUGUGCCACCGGAGAGAUCGACUGCAUCCCGAUGGCGUGGCGCUGCGACGGCUUCCCUGAGUGCGACGACCAGAGCGACGAGGACAGCUGCCCCAUCUGUUCUGCGGCGCAGUUCCAGUGCGAGAAGGGCCAGUGCAUCGACGCUCACCUGCGGUGCAACGGCGAGAUCGACUGCCAGGACAAAUCUGAUGAAGCAGACUGUGACACAAUCUGUCUACCCAACCAGUUCCGAUGCGCCAGUGGCCAGUGCAACCUGCUGAAGCAGCAGUGCGACUCCUUUCCAGACUGCAUCGACGGCUCGGACGAGCUCAUGUGCGAAAAAACAAAGCCAGCCUCAGAUGAGCCACAGCCACACAGCAGUGCCAUUGGGCCUGUCAUUGGAAUAAUCCUGUCCCUCUUCGUCAUGGGAGGCAUGUACUUUGUUUGCCAGCGAGUUGUGUGUCAGCGCUACGCAGGACCCAACAGCCCUUUCCCGCACGAGUACGUCAGCGGCACCCCUCACGUCCCGCUUAACUUCAUUGCCCCGGGAAGCUCCCAGCACGGCACCUUCACCGGUAAGGAUGGCAUCUCUUGUGGGAAGUCUAUGAUCAGCUCCAUGAGUCUCAUGGGAGGAAGCAGCGGUGCCCCCCUAUAUGACAGAAACCAUGUUACUGGAGCCUCUUCAAGUAGCUCAUCCAGCACAAAAGCCACUUUCUACCCACAGAUCUUGAAUCCACCUCCUUCGCCAGCAACAGAUCGCUCCCUGUACAACACGGAGAUGUUUUACUCCUCAAACAUUCCUUCCCCCACAAGAUCUUACAGAUGCAGGGGCCGGAUUCCCGAGCCGCGAGCAGCCUACCUGCCUGGCCGCUCAGCGCCAAAGCUGCUGCUCUGGUCGUCGUCUCUUCCAGGGACUUGGUCCUUCCUGCCGGGCAGGGGUAGCAGCAGUAGGAAGCUGUAA